CGGGUCUGUGUUUACUUCCGGACUCCGAUUUAGACUUCGCUCAGAAGGCAGCAGCUCAAGUGGAGGUUCAGGCUGUCAGCUAGCACGGUAGCCAUACAAGGCUUCAUGACAGAGGUUACCGAGUUGACCAGCGGCAUCCCGAACAGACAAGCCUCACUCGGCGCCACUGCACACCGGACACCAGGCAGACCCACACCGCUGCCCCGCGCUCCUCUGCUCGCCUUCAUGCUCAAAGUCACUCAAUGCUGCACUCCCGCUACCAGCUAACAGACUGAUCUGACUGUGUUACUGCCACUUCAUGAUCCGAGCCAGCUGAGGAUCAAAACAAGGACAAUCGCUCAAAGUUUAACGGCGUUUGUGUUUGACCGGCCAGGAUCCAGCAGCUGGGAGGGACACGGGCCCCGGGGAGAGCGACGGGACUCUGUGGCCAGGCAGCCAGGGCAGCAAGGGUGGUGGCUGGAUAAACUAGGGGGUCGCCUCCAGCUCCUGGUGGAUUCAUCCCCUGCCAGCUAACGUUAGCUAAGCUAGCUACAAACAGCGCCAUGGAUUGGUUAAUGGGGGCGGGGCUUCGCACCUGACGCACACACACACGUGCACACGUCUACAGAGCGGAAGAAAGGAGAGGAGAGAACUAAAUAGAAGCCGCACCACGCACGCGUCCCCCCUGUCGCACGGACCUCAUCCAGCCCAGACAGCGACAGCACGGACCCCCCCCCCCCCACACAAGUUUUUCAGUUAUCCGGCUAACCAACACACAAACCGGACCAAUGAUUGAGAUGAUUGGGGUAUGAUAUGUAAAGCGAAAAAUGGGGGGAUGGAGUUCCGGAGCAUUGCAAAUUGAAAACACCAGAGAAAAAGAAAGAGCAGACAGAGGAAGAGAGGGCAGCUGAUAAGAAAGAAAGCAGCAGGUGGAUAUAGAAAGUGCGGGGGAAGAGUGAGGGAAGCGAUAGUGGCACAGAGGUGAAGGGGGAGAUAUGGAGAUAAAUGGGAAGAGGCGACGUGGGUCAGAGAGCUAGAUUAGAAACAGCAGAGGUCUGCAAUAGAGGACAGAGAGUGAGAUUUAACAGCGGGGGCCACUGGCCACCGGUAACAGAAAGAGAGAUGGAGUUUGGAGCUGUGUGCAGGCUAGAAAGGGAGGUAAGCCAUCAGAUGGAGAGAGAAACAAAAAUACAUUGGAGACCUUCUCUGAUUCCCAAAACUCAAGAUUUUGAGUGUAGGUCCUGAUUCAACCAGUGAGAUAAGAGACCUAAUUUGUCUUGCAGGAGGAAGCCUUUAAUUCUGGUUUUAUUUAUGUUUCACUAGGAUGUGGUCAGCACCCUUGGGCGAGGCUUCGGCUGAGCGGUGAGCUGCUAAAUCUGUGCAGAGCCGGUGGGCUGCUAGCAUUGGUGUAAGCUAGCUUGGUUUGUCCUUGGUGGCUGAGGCUAGGCUGCUAGGCUGGUCUGAACUGUAAUUGGAUUAGAGAGGCAAUGCAAGCCACACGCACAUACACACACAUACACACAUACACACACACACACACAUACACACACACACACACACACACACACACACACACACACACACACACACACACGCACACUUUAAAAGCACACACGCUUCAGGGAGCCAAGUUCAUCUCCGUACUUGAGGCUGUACUCCUCCUCUCCCUCAUUUCUUCCUCUCAAACUUUCUUCGGUCCUCAUCAUCCUGCUAUUUUCUUUAUCUCCCUUUAAUCCACAAUCCACCCCCAUCCCCCCUGGCUGUUACAUGUGUGUGUAGGUGUGUGCUACUUUGCAUUUUUGUGUGUACGCAUGUUAGUGUUUGUGUACGUAUGGAUCAGCCCUGUUCCAUGGAUACCCUCUCUAAAUGGGAUUACAGGAAUUGUAGCGGAGCCCAUGCUGAGAAUAAAGGACAGGAAGAAGAGUGCACAAAUAGUCAAGUGUAGAUGAUGAUGUGAACCCUCAUAUUGAAAAUGAUAAAUGUAAAUAUGAGGAUGUUCCUACUGUACUGGGAGUGGGGGAGCAUCGCAACCUUUUUUAGCAGCGUUGGACAGGAAGUAAAAAUGAUGCCAAGUGUGGUGUGCAUCCUGAUUGCCUCGUUACCCCUCUUAACCUUCUGUUGUGCACAAUCCAUGAAGAGUUUUCUUCACUUUAAAAACUGGGAAGAACUGGAAUGGAGCACAUGAUAAGUAGUACGCAGUUAACAGGGUACAGUGUGUCUCUUAUUCAAUCUAUUUAUUGUCCGGCUCACUUUCUGGCUCAUUCGUUUGAUUUAAGUGACACUGAGGCGUUUUAGUAGUUUAGCUGCUGCUUCUUCUUUGAGAGGCUAGCAAUAAAUGCAUGACUAGGGGAAAGGUACAUUCCCAGGUCGUCAACAUUACCAGUAAACAUUUACAAUAACGCUCUUCACUAUCAGUAAGGAGGGAGCAGUAGUUCCAUGUAAUAAUCGUGUGCCAGGAAACAAAAUAAAACGAAGAGAGAAAUGGACUUUAUCUUACUGCCUGACCUGCUUAGGAAGAAACAAUGCACUGAAAGUAGUCAGGUGCUACUAAUGACUGUAAUACAUGAGCAGGGCGUGGUGAGGUGUGUUGUUUUUGAGGUUUGUUGUACAGGCUUAAGCAAGAAGCUGGCAUUGCAGAAGAGAAGGAAUGAAGAGCAAAGACCAAAGUGCAGCAAACCCAUCGGAAGAGAUACAACUGAAGAAGGAUUUCCUGAAGUCGAAGACGAAGCCAAAUGGAAAGAAGCCUCCGACAGAAGAGAAGAAGCAGUACUUGGAGCUAGAGUACACAAAAAUCCGUGUGGUGGACUUCGACCUCAAGGAGCUGGUGGUGCUGCCCAGAGAGAUAGACCUCAACGAAUGGCUAGCCAGCAACACGACAACAUUCUUCAAUCUUAUCAACCUGCAGUACAGCACCAUCUCAGAGUUCUGCACUGGGGACACCUGUCAAGCCAUGACGGCCUGCAACACAAUAUACUACUGGUAUGACGAGAGGGGGAAGAAGACGAAGUGCACUGCUCCACAAUAUGUCGACUUCGUAAUGAGUCUUUGUCAGAAACUGGUCACAGAUGAGGAAAUCUUUCCUACAAAAUAUGGCAAAGAGUUCCCAAACUCCUUUGAGUCCUUGGUGAAGAAGAUCUGCCGGUACCUGUUCCACGUGCUGGCUCACCUCUACUGGGCGCACUUUAAAGAGACGGUGGCUCUGGACCUGCAGGGCCACUUGAACACUCUGUAUGCACAUUUCAUCGUUUUCGUAAGGGAAUUCAACCUGGUCGACCCCAAGGAGACCUUUAUAAUGGACGACCUGUCCGAAAUCCUCUGCACCCCUGUCCCACCACCUGCGCCCACCCCGGACCCUUCCGCCCCAGACUCAGCGCCCUCCCCUUCUUCACAAAACCACGUGACGGAGAGAUGAGUGGGGGCGGCAGUGAGACAGCAGCCCCGGGGGUGAUUGAAGAUAAGAUAGAGGAGAGAAGGAAAGACAGCCUGGCCCCCUUCCUCAGUGCCAGCAGGACAUAGAGACCUUCCACUACCCUUAUAUUUCGCUACAACACCAACCUACCAGCCGGAAGGAAGGGGGGGGAGGGGUUUCGGGGGGGUUUGGGGUGGCGGGGAGGGGUUUGUCACGCCAGCAGGAAUUGGCGUGAGCGUUCCUCCCAGGGGCAAAUCCCUCCCAUCUUCUCUGCAAUUUAAACUAGGAACAAAAAAGUAUGUGUAUGUUUCAUUUUUUGGUUUUAUUUCCCUAUUUCUAUUUUUUUUUUAGUUUUAUUCAGUUUAUUUUUUGUUGUGGGAGGGAGGGGUGCAGUGUGUCCAUCGGCCCUUCACCUCCAUCUGUCCUCUACCUAACAUACAGUACAGGAAGGGGGCUCUGCUUUGCUUCAACCUACUAUUGUACAGUGUUGUUAAUGUGUGGAGAAGAGGCGUCUCUGCUCACCUGCGGGCUCAUCCUUCCCUCUUCCUGCAGCGGCGGGAGGCGGCCUGCAGGCGUACGGCCAAUACACUGGUCAGUAGGGAGCCACGUUACUGCCUGACGGGGCAAUACUAGCCAAUCACUGUUUGGGUUGUUUUUGUGGGGGAUGAUUAAAGCGCUUCCUACUCAGGAGAGAAUACGUCACUGCUGCCAGAGAGAAGUUAACUCUCUUUGUUUCCAUUCUGUCCCUCUUUCACCAGACUGCUUAGUCCUUCAUGACAGAUGUUGAUCGUGUUUAACUAUAGUCACAUAAUCACAUGGUGUACCCCUAACAAACUUGUCCCGGAGCCAACCUGUAGAGGGCAGCAAACAUGAAGAGAAGGCCACAGAAGCAGGGAGACAGAGGAAAAUAUAAAGAGUGUGUGUUAGAUAUUUAAUCUGAUCAGAGAGUCGAUGCUUUAAAACAGACUGGUGCCCAUUUGAGGCUAAAUCAGCGCUGUUUGCUGGUGUUCAGCAUAGCAGCAGCCCCCCUCCCCCCCCCCUCCCAAACCACCACCACCACCGACACCCACUCCAGCAGCACAGAAGGACAAAGACAUGAGGUAAUGUCUGCAAGCCCACAGAGGCAGAGAUGGAGACAGAGAGAAGGGUGCGAGUAGAUGGUGUGGAGCUGCUCUGCUGUUUAACAGUCACCAGUACUCCCAGUGCAAAACAAAUAAAUCUCCACUUCUGGUUUAUUGUUUUUACCUGUCCCUUUUUAAAAUUUGCAUUUUAAAAAAGAACAUCGGAGGAGAAUUAGUUCUGAAAUAAUAACAAUAAUGGUAUCAUUACACAUGUAUAGAAAAUGCACAGUCUGCUUGGACUUUACUGUACAAAGAAUCGCAAGCGGGUUCUGUCAGACAUAGCCUCUGUAUGGAGGAGGAUUGGGUUUAUAAUUCUCCUUUUUUAUUUAUUUUAAUUUUUUGUUUUUGUUUUUGCAGGGUUCUUCAGUUUUGGCUCUCGUUUUUAUGUAUUUUAAUUAUUAACUAAAUUAAAAGCAAUUUAAUAUUUUAAGCUCUGCGGAUUAUAAUCUAAUAAAAGAGAAAUGCCA